GAUGCUUGGCGGCGCCUGGCAUGGGCCUGUGCCAGUGCCGGACAGCCGCAAGUAGAGGCUUUCGGGGACCCACCUGUGCAGGCAUCCAGCACCAGCAGCGCAGCCGUCUGGAAGGCGCUUGAAAGACGACAAGAACUGCUGCCAGACAAGUGCCAACUAGUACAGAAGCCGUUCCCACUCCUAAAGUUGGAGCGAUGGAUAACCGACAAGGAGACAGAGGCUCUCCUGACCGCUGCGUCGUCCGGCCACUGCUGGCGCCCCUCACCCCUGGCUGUUGAGCCGCUGCCUGGGGCCACCCCGACGCGGACCUCCGAGAGCGCCGUUCUGGCGGAUGUUGGGCAGCUGUCCUCAGAUGCUUCCGCAGUCGUGUCUAGUCUGCGCGAGCGCGCCGCUUGCGAAUUUGGACUGCCAGAGAGUCAUGUGGAGCCGCUUCAAUUGGUCCGCUACCGGGCUGGGGAGUUCUACGCAGCACAUGUCGACUUCGGCCGGAAGGAGGACGCCACCCUCUGGCUAGCGGGUCAGCGCUUGGCCACCCUACUCGUAUAUCUGAGAGCACCAGCAGGAAGCAAUCCAGGCUUCUUGAGUGGAGAGACACGCCCCCUGCCCGCAAAGCUUCACGCAGCUUGA